AUAUGCUUUGUCUGGAAACUGCAGCCUCACCUCUACUCAACAAAGGAGGAAAAAAAAGAAGGAGAUGAGACCACAAGACUUGACUGAGGUCACUGAGCACAUGGAACCCAAGGCUUCCAGAAUCAUUUCCCCAGCAAAGAGGCAGAACUCAAUCUCUCUCUAAUGCAUACAGGACUGCUGUGAGGAAAAAAAGCCAGGCCAUAUUUCAGCCUCAUCUCAGGAGAAAAAACAGUUCUAUUUGCCUAAAGCAACAUCAGUCAACCUGAGAGGAUCCCCCAGUGCUUCUGUAUCUGGCUUUCAUCUGCAGGAACUCAAUUGCAACACUGUUACCGCCCAGGAAGAAUAACUCAUAUACAGGGAAAAUAAACCACAAUCAAAACGAUGGGUUUUACAAGCAUAUGGACAGUACUUCUACUAAUUUUGCUCACUGAAUUAAGAGUGCUAUGUCAAGAUCAUUAUGAGGACUAUGUCACAGCAGAAGAGGCAUUACCAGACACGUACACUUACACGUUUGACGUAUAUGAGUGUGCUAAGGAGUGUUUCUGCCCUCCUUCUUACCCCUUUGCAAUGUACUGUGACCAUCGUAAGCUUAAAACAAUCCCAGAUGUUCCGGGACACGUCCGUCACCUCUACGUUCAAUUUAACGAGAUCGAAGCCAUCACCGCGAAACCUUUCACCAAUGCUACAUCUCUCAGAGACAUCAACCUCAGCCACAAUAAACUGCAGUCUUCUCUGGUGGAAAGAGAGGCCUUCACUAAACUUCAACAACUCAUUCACCUUCACCUUGAGCACAACAAUUUAGAGGAAGUCCCUCCCUCUUUGCCCAAAACUCUUCAAAGACUUCACCUGGGCUUUAACAAAAUCUCAAAGAUAACAGGUGACACUAUUCGAGCACUAUCAAGCAUGACAGUGCUCGACCUUUGCAGCAACAGACUUACAGAUGCGGGCAUUAGAGGAAGAGCCCUCUCUGGCAUGAAGAACCUCCUGCAAAUCAACAUGUGCAGCAACAAACUCAGGUCUAUGCCGCCUGACCUCCCUGCAUCCUUGCUGCAGCUGUCAGUGGAGAACAACUCCAUCAGCUCAAUACCUGAGGGCUACUUCAGGAAGACACCAAAUAUCCUGUCCAUCAGGGUGACGCGCAACAAACUAAAGGCAGUUCCAUACAAUGUGUUCAACCUGUCAAGACUGAUGGAUCUUAACCUGGGCCAUAACCAACUCUCUAAAACCUUCCUCGUUCCCCAGAGCUUGGAACAUCUGUAUCUCAAUCACAAUGACUACAAAGAGCUGAAUGUUUCCCUAAUGUGCCCAUCAGUGAACCAGGACCACCCUAAUAUGCUCACCUACAUUCGCAUUGACAACAAUAAGCUUAGAGGAUCUGUGGACUACUAUGCCUUCAGCUGCUUCCCAAGGAUGAGAAUGAUUUUUUAUGGUGAACAACAGAAGCCCGAUGAGGAUGAACCUUCAAAAUAACAAACAUAUUCAAGCUUGAUGAUGUUAUUUAAAAACGAUUUAUGAUAAAGUUAUGUUCCUGAAACAUAUUAUAAAAUAGAUAUAUCAGAUUAAGACACACAACAGUAUUGGGUAACACUUUAUUUGGAAUGGUCCUUUGUAGAUGAUAAAUAAAUUCAGAUUAUCAGUAACACAUCAACAACGUAUCAGUGAAGUAGCAGUAGUGAAGCAUCUGAAUACAUUGAAGUAAAUAUCUUGUGGAUGUUCUGUUCAAACAUUACUUACAUUGAGUAGAUGUACUGUUAAUAUUUUACUUUCAUUACACAAAACCUAACCCUAACCCUGGCCCUAAUCCUAACCUUAACCUCAACCCAAAAACCUAGUCCUAACCCCAUCCCUUUUUUUUCACAUUUUACUGAGUUUUUUGAGUGUUUAAUCGAAAAAGGACCACUCAAAAUAAAGUGUCACCCAACAUGUAAACAUUCAAUAUUUGUCUCUUUAACCCUUCUUGCAUGUGCAUGAUUUAAUUUACCUUGGAUUUACACAGAAAUACUUCCAUAUUACGUGGUACUAUAAAAAAAAUGGAAUGGAAAUGCAAGUUAAGAAUUGUGCUUGAGGAUGUGGCUUCGCGUGAAUAUAUGUUGGUUUAUAUUAUCGGAAUUUUGUAGCUCCGUAAAAUCGAUCAGUAAGAAAAGGACAUUUUAAAAGUUGAAAGAACCUCCACAUAACAAAGUUUCUAGAAAGAACACAUGUGAAGGUUUGUAACAGCUUAAAAGGGGUCUUUUGGACUUUUUAACACCUUGCCACAGAUGGUCCAGCAAAAAUCAUCUGGUGCCUCUGAGGACCAGUUUGAGAACCAGUGCUUUAAGAGGACCAAAAGUGGUUCUAUGGCAUCACUCAAAGAACCUUUCAUAGCACUUUCUUUUUUCAAGAGUGCUCCGACAUACACUCAGUGGCUAGGGAUAGGGUGGGACCUGCUUUUGCCUUUAGAGUGUCCUGAAUUCUUCAAAGCACAGAUUCAACAAGGUGCUAGAAACUGGACUCAAAGACAGGCCUUAAUACCUUCUCCUGACAGCAAGUGAAGUGAGUGACAUUGACAAAACCAGAACGGUCCCAUUAUGGUCAACGAAUCUGUUUACACAAUCAUCAGAGUGUGAUAUGCCACAGUGUUUUCAAAGGAUGCCCCAUUUUUAUUUUUUGAUGUUUCUCAUUGCACUCAUGCCAUAAGGUGUCAUAUGACCCGUCAUCUACGUUUCAUAGUCAUAAACGACAGUGUAAUGUUACAAAAUGAUGGUAGACUUAGCCACGUUAUCUAGCCAAGUUAACUAUGUCAACUAUUCAUGCUAGUGUGGGAAGUUAGUUCAUCAAAUACACUCUCACCUGUGACAUCAGCUAUAUACUAAUAAUAUUUCAUUUAAAUCUGUGAAAUAUGUAGACAAAAUAAUCUUUUAAUAAUGGAUUUACAUCGAAGAUAAGUAUCUUAACCUUUCAUCCUGCAGUUAAAGUCUGGAACUAUUAUCUGAUCUGGUCUGGAUUAAGUUUUGAGUUCAGAUAUUUUGAAGACCUUCCAAUGUGAUGCAAUACUACACUCUUAAAAAGGAUUCAAGGGUUCUUUAGGAAAGAAAAUGGUUCUAUGUAGAACCAUGAACACAACCUUUGCAUGAUUAAAGGGUUACAAGCUUUACACCAUAACAAUAGAAGAUCACUUUUGGGUGCUAUAUAGAACCAUUUUCAAAAAAGUUCUAUGUAGAACCAUCUACAGCACAUCAAUCUGAAGAACCCUUUUAUGACGCAAAGGACCCUUUAAUCAUACAAAGGGUUCUUUUAGUGUUCAUGGUUCUAUAUAAAAGCACUGUCUUUACUAAAAACACUAAAAACACCAUCUUUUUUAAGAGUGUACAUUUCAACACCCACUUGCUAUACAUGCUGUUGCAUGUAAGCAUGAGGAGGUCAGGCAGGGGAGCAUGAGUCAACUGUUAAGUCUAACGCAGGUUCUGAAAUGUUUCUGAAAUAAAUAAAGAAUUUUAAUGAUUGCAUUGGUGUCUAUGACUUAAAAGUCACAACAGAGGCAGCAGAAGCACCUAAACUCCUCACAUUCUGUACUGAACUGUAGAGGGAGGCUCUCUAUCUUUCCCAGUGCAUUCUGUCUUUGCAUUUAUUCCUUCAAACAAAUAACGAUGGGAACAUAUGCAUAGGUUGUUUGAAUUCUUAAUAAAUGGCAUUUUUAAAACAAAA